AUGCAUCGUCUUUCCGAUUCUGGAAAGCUCCCGCCGACCAACACCCUCGCACCCUCCAUGAUCGAAACCCUCCCUUACAGCGUGCUUGAACUCAUCUUUCUGCUCGCGUGCACCGACGGAGGCCGCACAGGACGUUCCCUCUCCUUGGUUUCCAAGACUAUCCAUGUCACCUCUCGCGCUGCCCGAUUCCACUCUGUCUCCCUUCUCAUUGGUAAUUCCGAUCAACUGGUGCGCUUUAUGCAAGCCCUCGACACCGCAAGAGCAGAUGCCCGUGCGCAGGAUGUGUCGAUACCCUACGUGCGGCAUCUCUGCAUCUCCCUCACCCCUGCCUUCAGUAUACCGAACCUCAAGCUCAUUGACGAGGACUUUGCCGCCGCCCGCCUGAAGCGCCCUUUCUCCGCGCAGGGUUAUUCUGCCUGGGAGAUCGAGGUAUGGCACGAGUAUCACCGCACGUUCCAGUCGUUGUGCACCGCGAUCUUCCACGAUCUGGAGACAUUGUGUCUCCUUCGACACACCAAGUACAUAUAUGACAUGACAUCCCAGAAGAAAAUAGAUGCGAUCCCGGAAAUCCCGCUCCCGCACGGGUUUCCUCGCCUCCGCAAGCUCACCUUCGCCCACAACUUGCGCCCGCCGUUCGUCCACGCCGGCGACACAAGCCCUGAUCCUAUGACGGAAGGCCGUCAGGGUACCACCGCGUUAUAUCCGGCCUUGCGAAGACUUCACAUGUCGACCUCACCACGCGCUGAAAUGGACUUCGAGUGGUGGGCCCUAAACGCGCCGCACCUUACUUGGCUUCGCAUCCACACGUCGAGAUGGGCCACAUCCCCAAGCGGAAUCCGCUUCUUACCAAGUCUAACGCUCGUCCUAGGCAACCGCCGCGCAGGCGAUGCCGAUCCGCAUGGAGGGACUUCAGUUGGCGAGGGUGCAACCAGCUACGUCUAUUAG